GCAAGUCAAUUUUCCACGAAAAAUCGGCCAGAAAAAAUUGAACUUAUAAAAUAGCUGGCUGUAUGUGUUGGUCUUAUUGGGGUGGAGAGUUCUGUCGUCGAGUUAGGCGUGCAACACUUCUGGUCAUUUCUUCGAAGCAUUCGGUGAACCGAAUUUCUGAUAUUACGCUGAAGUCCUACCACCAUGGCGCAAGACCUGGGGGACAUAGAAAAACUGAGCGUGGAGGGUGGGGAGGACAUCGUCACCCCAUGGGACGUUAGCGCGGAGGAGGUGACCGGCAUCGAUUAUGCUAAAUUGAUUGUCAAGUUUGGGAGUGUUCCAAUCGACCACCAGCUGAUCAGCAGAAUUGAGAAGGUCACAGGUAAACCCACCCACUACUUCCUCAAGCGUGGCAUCUUCUUCUCACACAGGGAGAUGGAGCGUAUCCUUGACCUUUACGAGCAGAAAAAGCCCUUCUAUCUCUACACUGGCCGUGGGCCAUCGUCUGAGGCCAUGCACAUGGGCCACCUCGUCCCCUUCCUCUUCACUAAGUGGCUACAGGAAACGUUUAACGUCCCCCUAGUCAUCCAGGUGACUGACGACGAGAAGUUUCUCUGGAAGGACAUCCCCAUCGACAGGAUGAAGCAGAUCGCCUUUGAGAAUGUGAAGGACAUCAUCGCCCUAGGCUUCGACAUGGAGAAAACUUUUAUCUUCUGCAACUUUAACUACAUGGGGCAAUGUCCAGAAUUCUACCAGCUCAUUGUCCAGAUUGAGAAACACGUGACCUUCAACCAGGCUAAGGCUAUUUUUGGAUUCACCGACAGCGACUCCAUCGGGAAAAUCUCUUUCCCGGCCAUACAGGCGGCGCCCAGCUUCAGUUCAGCUUUCCCGCACAUCUUCAGCGGCAGGUCAGACCUGCCCUGUCUCAUUCCCUGCGCCAUAGACCAGGACCCCUACUUCCGGAUGACCAGGGAUGUGGCGCCCAAGCUGAAGCUCCCCAAACCCGCCCUGCUCCACUCCAUCUUCUUCCCCGCCCUGCAGGGCGCCACCUCCAAGAUGUCCGCCAGCGACGAGAAUUCUUCCAUCUUUCUCACAGACAGCCAGGACAGCAUCAAGACAAAGGUGAUGAAGUACGCCUUCUCCGGUGGGCAGCCGACCAUCGACCAACACAAGAAGUUGGGCGGCAACUGUGACAUCGACGUGUCCUACCAGUAUCUCAAGUUCUUCUUGGAGGACGACCACAAGCUCGAGCAAUUAAGGAAGGACUACACCUCAGGGACCUUGUCGACCAACGAGUUGAAGCUCGAACUUGUCGCUGUCCUACAGAAACUUGUAAGGGAGAUCCAAGAAAACAGGAAACUUGUCACGGAUGAUAUGGCCCGCCAGUUCAUGGUGCCAAGAAAACUCAAGUUUCAAUACUAGGCUAGGCUAGGCUAGGCUAGGCUAGGCUAGGCUAGGCUAGGCUACAAAUUGUUCAAAAUUUCAUGCCUGAAUGCUUGAUAAUGGUUUCUUUUUAACUGGAUGUAAGGUUGUGAUCAGUGUUAAAAAUGGACAUGUAUUUUUGCUAAUUAAAUUUGUUUUAUUUAUGUAAUCGUGUGGUCAGUGUUAGAAAUGGACAUGUAUUUUUGCUGAUUAAAUGUGGUUUAAGA